GUUUGGCCAUGUUUUAUUCACCAUACCGGAGGGAGACCACAGCCUCUUCGCCGCCUUCGACAGCAUUAUGUCAGCAUACAGUGUCACGUGGUGCCAUCCCAAGUUCUCCAACUUUGGCCAGCUGCAGCCCAUGAAGAAUUACAAGCUCUCGGCAGAUCCCAAGUGGCGCAGUCUGCUUCUAAAAACUCAGCCUAAGGCAGAGCGGAAGAGUGGAGCUAGACCCCAAGCCCAAGAGGAAAAAAAGAACUAA